ACUACACUUCAGAAUAGGCUACGGUACUCUACCGCUAACAAGGACGUUUUUCUCUUGGUUUUCGCGUUUUUACUAUUUUUCUUUAAUAAAGACUUGUGUUCUUGACUAUUACAAAAAUGAAGGAAAGGAGAAAUCCACAGCCGUUGGUGGUGAGAUGUAAACUGGUUCUUGUUGGGGAUGUUCAAUGCGGAAAAACUGCGAUGUUGCAAGUCCUCGCGAAGGAUUGUUAUCCAGAGACGUAUGUUCCCACAGUGUUUGAGAACUACACAGCGUGUCUGGAACUUGAGGAGCAGCGUGUGGAGCUCAGUCUGUGGGACACGUCAGGGUUCCUCCAUGGCCAAGCAGCUUGGUACUGAGGCCUACCUGGAGUGUUCAGCGUUCACCUCAGAGAAGAGUAUCCACAGUGUGUUCCGUACGGCCUCUCUGGCUUGCAUCAACAAGCUCCAGCUCCUCCCCAAGACCAGCCCCACUCAACGCUUAUCCAAGAGGCUCCUCCAUCUCCCCAGCCGCUCCGAGCUGCUCUCCACCACCUUCAAGAAGGAGAAGACCAAGAGCUGCGCCAUCAUGUGAGUGGAGACCUGGGGAGAGGGGGCUUUCGCUCCCUUCCAACACGCUGCUCCGAUUCCCCAGAACCCCUUGACUGUUUGGUUCGGGGAAGGUGUGGUUGGUUUCAUCACGAUAGCUUUAACAUGAGAAGGCUCUUCCUCCAUGCUGACCCCCCCCGCCCCCGCCCCCAAAGUCAAAUAAACUCAGAACAGGUGGACACCUUGUCCUGAACUACUCUUCAGUGCAUAUCUAAUCUUUUUCACUACUGUAACUUGGCUUUUUGAUCAUCAGCGAACCAUUUUUCUCACCUGUUACAGUAACGGUAUGCAACCAUGAUGGUGUGACAUCACUACUAUUUAGGAACAUGUUGAUUUGUCCAAAUUGGAGAAAUGUGCAACGUGUGACAAGGCUUUAACAUUGGGAUGUAAAAAUGCCUCUCAAGACAAUUAAAUACCUAUUUUAAAAAACUAAAUUGAGCAUGAUAAUAUCUCAGACAUUACUGAAAAUUGUAUCCCCUCUGUAUUACAGAGUGUCAACUAUAAGGUGUAGCAACAUGAGCAAAUCAGUGCUCAAACAGUGUUUGUGAUCUUCUUGAUUAAGGCCCAACGGGGGCUGACUGUUUGAGAGAGACGUGGAGAGAGGAGUGUUUGAUGGGAUCAUAGCAUGAACAGAGGGCCAUUACAUUUCUCAUUGUCUCGGUCGUGAGGAGAGGAGGACUUGACGGAUAAGGGCUGAUUGCGUGAACAGAGGGCCAUUACAUUUCUCAUUGUCUCGGCCGUGAGGAGAGGAGGCCUUGAAGGAUAAGGGCUGAUUGCGUGAACAGGAAGGUGUCAGACAGACAGACAAGCAGGCAGGCGGACGAACGGACAAGCAGACAGGCAGGCAAGCAGGCAGACGAACAUGCAGGCAGACAGACAGACAGACAGACAGACAGACAG